ACACAAAAUCAAUCUAUUCUCAUGGUGGAAUCUUCCAUCUUCGACACCUCAUAAUAAAUCAUGAGAUGGAAUACAAGGGAGAGUGGCAGGCUGAGAAAAUUCACAGAGUACAAAUACCUCGGAAUGGACUCUUGAUUCUACAUACAACUGUCCAACCACCAAAGCCGACCCACGGAAUAUCCUGAAAAUACAAAGCAAGCAUGGACGAGUCAACAUCGACCACAGUCACCUCAGUAUCCAGUGCACUAGCAGUAUUGGGUGCAUUUGGAUCGCUGGUUAAUGGGGCGUGCCAACCAGUGGCUGGCCCUACGUUCAAGCUCGGAGCGACACUGAUGGUGCACACAGCAUGUGCAUUAUCAGGCAGGAUCAACGACUGGGACGAGUAUGUGGGUGUAGCGCCUUUGAGGAAUGCAAGAGCAGAGUGCUACUCCGUCUCCAACGGCCGGAUGAAGCAGAUGGGUAGCUGCGUCUACGCAGCAGUGCAGGAUCGUGCUGUAGCUGCGGUGUAUGCUCUGAAGCCCCAGGAUCGCGUCUACCAACAUUACAUCCGCAUGACAGAAGAUGCACACACGGGAACGUAUGCAAACAUUGUGCGAUGGAUUGCUGCGUGUUGGCCACUGGUUGCUUCAGCGAUCAUGGCGUGGGCCGACAUGCAGCUGUGGGCAGGUAAUGUGCUGUUAGGCUGGCUUGGCUGGUUCUUUAUCGUGCUCAGUGCCGGGCCCGCUGUUCAGUCCGGACACCAGUGCAACGCCAAUUGCAAACAGCGAGUGUACCUACUGAAUGACCAAAGCACCACAAAAAGCUUGAUCGAGUACACUGUGUGUUUGGAGUUUGAUGACCUAGCACGUCGGAGACUGCCGAAGCGCCACACACGCUGCAGAAUCCUGCGUGCGGUAGGAAGUCUCUUAAUGACCAUACAUUUCCCACUGGGGCUUGUGGCGACCUGCUAUGACAGCAGUGCAGGUGCACAGACGUGGGUGCUGAUACAGUUUGUGGGCCUGAUUGCUGGCAUGCGAUGGUGGUGCAUAGAGCAGCGUCUUGCCCGUCACGGCGUCGACUGUGCACAGGGUCUAACAGUGACUCACGAGAUCCAGCCAUUCGAAAGGUGGCAAGCUGUGCUCGACCGCGUCGACCAAAUCCAUUGGCCACACAUUAAGCACCAGUACACCUGUCUCUAUCCUGUCCUUCCCUCUAUCCUGUCCUUGCCUCUACCCUGUUCUCGCCUCUUUCCUAUCCUUCCCUCUAUCCUGCCCUUUCCUCUACCCUGUCCUUUCCUCUACCCUGUCCUUGCCUCUACUCUUGUCCAAGCAUCUCAAAUGCCUUUGUAUUUCUCUCGUUCAUGUACUCCUUGAAAACGACUUGUACCUUGUUCCUGUCCUCGUGUUCAUCAUCUCCCAAAUAGAACAGCAAUCCUGCAAUAAAUAUAUUACUCGAUCCACAGCUCGCCUCUUCUUUGUCCCUGUCUCCCUUCUAUUCCGUUUGCGCAGAUUUUGACACUUACUCACUCGAUGAUUACCUGUAACUGUCCCCAUUUAUACGUGUCAUACGUAUUACACCCAUUGUGCUCUAUGACACAUCCUCCGACGCGUUUGCUCGAGUGUAUCUCUAUGAUCACACAGAACAGGCGGAUACUGCUGAUUCCAACCAAACAAAGACUCCUG